GGAGGCUUCUACACUUUCAAACUGAUCCAAAGAGGAACAACUCCGGUUCUUAGUUUGUCCUCCCCGCAGAGUCAGAGAACUCAGAAGAAGAGAGCUCAGAACGGGAAAGUAAUAAAGAGAGAAACCUCGGUGAGUCGUGUUCUAGGGAAUGCUGAGGAAGAAGAAAGUGAAGAAGAGUCCUUAAGCUCUGCUCUAAGGUGGAGCAAGAGACCAAAUGAAUCUGUUUUCGAGUAUAACGUUUUAGCUUUUGUACGUGCCCAAGACGAAUUGAGA